AUGUCGGUUAAACCAGAAUAUGAUCACCGAGAGUCCGAUGAGCUUUUGCUCAAGCGGGACCAUUACAUCGACCAGAUGAAUCGAUCCCGGCGCUGGGCCUGUCUGCGACCGCUCAUCUACGUUGGGGUGGUGGUGGUGGUUGGGUUCGUCGAGAUCAUCGUGUUUUUGGUAUACUUGGUCGAGACGAGUAGGCAGCCGCCCCUGCGCGAUCUGAACGGGUUGGUUCCGGAUUUCCCCACGCAUCAAGUUCUCUUCCGACUCGACCCCAUGGCCGUAUCGGACCAUCGAACUGAGAGCUCCAAAUCGGCCACGAAGGAGAAUUGGCUUUCGUACAUGCCGCGGGGCAAUGGGUUCAUCGCGGUGAACCACACGGAACAACUGGAAUACGUCCUGUCCCCGCCGAUCGAGAAGUUCGGCAAGAACCUGUACGCGGUGGCGGUCUUCCACCAGAUGCAUUGCCUAGUACGUGAGAGCAGUCUGUCACUCUCGACCCCUACCCUUCGUCCCAAUAUCCUCUUUUAUUUUGUGAUCGAGCGCCACUGA